AUGCCUCAGCUGCGAGCCACACUGCUAGCCGGCAAUGCCACUGCCUGCCGCUACUUGCUCUACCACCAAAGCAGAGACGGGCAGGGAAAUCGGCUCAUGUCUCUCAUCUCCUCGUUUGCGUACGCGCUGCUGACAGAUCGGAUUCUGCUGCUGGUGUCUCGUAGUGGCCCUGCUACAGAGUUCUGUGAACCGUUUGAGCAUGAAGCGUCGUGGGUGCUGUUCAAUGGGUCGGAGGAAGAAGGGGAGAAUUAUGCCAGGGUGCUUCGGUUUAAGGUGGCUAAGGAAUGGAGGAGCGUGAGGGAGGGAGAGGAGGGACAGACGCCAGGCGCCAAGCUGCCACCAAUGCUACGUCUCGACAUCAACCAAGCAACCACCUCGUCUGGCUUCUUGUUCUUCUGUGAAGCAGAGCAGCAGUGGCUCUCCCGCACGCCCACAUUACUCCUCACCUCCAACCAAUACUUCCUCCCCGCGCUCUACCUCCUCCCCUCCUUCCACCGCCUCCUCCACCUCCUCUUCCCAGCCCACAUGCCCUUCCGCUCCCUCUCCCGCCUGCUGCUCUUCCCCCGCAACCGCAUCUGGGCGGGUAUCACCCACCGGUAUCACACCCUCAUUGCCCCGGCGCCGGCUCGAGUCGGCCUGCAGGGGCGGUUUUUAACACAUGCAAAGGAGAGCACAAUAGCAUUCUACACUAAGGGUAUGGGGAGUUGCCUGCUGCAAGCUCUCAACUCCUCGGCUGUGCAGAGAGCCAAGGGGAUUCGCCUGUCCAGGGAGGGGGGAUUGCAGGGGAGGGAGGGUCCUUUUGAGAUGGACAGGAGACGGGGGAUGCGGGGGGGAGAGGGAGGAGGCGAGGCAGGGAGGGGCACUAGUGGGAGUUCUGGGCAAGGGGUGGGAGGGCUGACGUGGUUCCCGAACGCCAGUGCGGACGACGAUUGGCUGGAGGAGGCUGCUACGGCUUCUCACGCCUUGUCGCCGGCUCAGGCUGCGAGCAGCAGCGCUGUACCCGGCCACGUGCGAGAGGAGGUCGUCAAGAUCGAGGAGAUCUCUACAGAGAUCGUGACCGUCCAGGAGAUAUCCACCGAGAUCGGACGGCCAGCUAGCACCAGCGGCCUUCCCCCCCAGCCCCUCCGCAGCAGCAGCGGCCUUGCUGCCCUCUCCGCGUCCACCAAUAACAAUCUCCUGCAGCGCGCCGCCACGGGCAGCGGUGACCGUUGGAUCUUCCACUCUGGCGCCGAUCGGGACCAGCUGGUGGAGUCGGAUUCGAGUGAUGACUCGGAGACAAUGAGUGGGCGGCUGGAGGGCGGGUUGGGGGACUCGUGGGGGAGAGGGCGGGGCGGGGAGGAAGCAGGGCCGUUCAGAGUGGGAAGCUUGGCGACAGGCGGGACGGCGGACAGCAGAGGGAGUUUUGGCACAGGGGCGGAGAUCAACAGAGCGAGUAAGAGCAUGAGGGGUUUGCCGGUAGAUGGGUUGGCUAGCGCUGGGGUUAGUGGGGCGUGGAGCUCGUCAGAUGGCGAGGGGAGUGUGGAGAGGAGGGGGGCUGCAGCGGCGGCUCAGCCUGUGGUUGUGGGGUUUGUGGGGCCUGCUAGACCUGGUACGCCUGUUUCGCUGUCCAGGCUUGGGUCUGGGGCUCCUGUGCUGCGCCCUGCGACGUCAGGGGGUUUGUUGCUGGAGGAUGUGGGGAAGUAUGAUGACUGGGUGGUGUAUGAGAGUGAGGGGGAGGAGGAGGAGGUGCAGAGUCGGCUUCCCCACCCCGGUGCAAGGCAUGCGCCUCAGCCACCCACCAGUCCCCGACCGUCGUCCCCCCGGCCUCUCCCUUUCGCGACUAGGUCCCGGUCCUCUGCCCCCGUUCCUCCUCACCCGCAGCAGCAGCUUCUCCCUCGCCCUGUCAGCCCUCCUAACGCCUCAUCCUCCCAGCAUGGCCCUUCCCAACCCCACCCGUUUUCGUCAGGAACAGCAGGGGCAAGCGCGUUUGUGUUUGGGGCGAAGCAUGACGGGCAUGCAGGGAGGGAGGCAGGGAGGGAGGCGCAGCAGGGGAAGGAUCUGAACCAGGCAGGUGAUGCUGGGUCUGGGUUAAGGGACGGGGAGCAAGGGGGCUCUGGGGCAGCAGGUACAGGAGCUGUAGCAGGUGUAGCAGCUGUAGCGAGUGGGGGUAGUGGCAGUGGCAGUGGCAGUGGCAGUGGCAGUGGUAGUGGUAGUGCUAUGCGCCCUCCUCGCCCUCCUUCCCUUGCCAUUCCUGGAGCAACGGGUACAGCCACUAGCACUGGUGCCGGUCGCUAUAGCACCCAUGCACAGGCAGGAGCAAACGGAGAGGCGGCAGAACGAGAAGCAGCAGCAGCUGUUGCCGGUGCUGCUGCUCCUGGUGUGUUUGUGGUAGCGGAGGGGCAUGAGGCUCUCAUGUCCCCCAUUGCGUUCGUUACAGUGUCGCCUGCUAAGAACACGGGGAGAGGCACAGACGGAGGUGCAUUGCCAGGGGCAGCAGCAGCAGCAGCAGCAGCGGUGCCUGGGAGAGCGGUGGGAGGAGCAGCAGAGAUGGGGGUGAUGAGUCAGCAGCCCGCACAGGGGUACCGGCCUGGGUCGGGGCUUGGUGGGUGGAGUAAAGGGUCUGGUGCCAGGGCUGGUGGGGUUGGUAUAGGGUGGGGGGAGGAGAGUGAAGAGGAGGAGAGUGAAGAGGCGGAGAGUGAAGAGGAGGAGAGUGAAGAGGCGGAGAGUGAAGAGGCGGAGAGUGAAGAGGCGGAGAGUGAGGAAUCAGAGGAGAGUGAAGAGUAUGAGGAGGAGGAAGAGGAGAUGGAAGAGAUGGAAGAGGAGGAGAUGGAGUAUAGUAGUGAUGAGGAAAGCGAGGAAGAAAUUGAGGAGGAGAGUGAGGAUGGAAGUGAGGAGGAGAUUGAGGCGGAGAGUGAGGAGGAAAGUGAGGAGGCAACUGAGGAGGAAAGUGUGGAGGAGGAGGAGGAUGAGGAGGAGGAUGAUGAGGAGAAUGAUGAGGAGGAGGAGGUGGAAAGUGAGGAUGAGAGUGCAGGUGCGUGGGUGGGCAGGCCAAUACUGGCACCGUCACAGGGAGGCACUCCCACAGGCUACAGCGGCAUGAAAACCCCCGAUGCAAUCGGAGGGAUAGUUUUUAUCAACGAGUAUGGCGCCGCCCCUCCCUCCCCUGCUCUGGGGCCAAGUUCGGUGGGUACGGGAGGGGGGACGAGUGGGGCCAGCACGCCGUUGAGUGGGCGGGCUGGCAUGGGAAUGGGUGGGGGGAGUGGGGCGAUGGGGGGUGGAAGCUCACCUGGUGGUAGGGUAGGGGAGGAUGAGCGAGUGGUUGUGGUUUUUAACAAGUCGAGAUUUUCACCUACUGCUGCUGGAGCUGCUGCUGCUGCUGGCGCUGGUGGUGGUGGUGCUGCUGCUGGUGGUGGUGGCCUGUUGGCUGACACUCAAGGAUCAGGGACUUUAGUGGUGAGGAUUGAGAGAGGUGUGGAGGAGGAGGCAAGUGAGGAGGAUGAGGGAGAGGGUGGAAGCGAAGGGUGGGAUGCAGGGGAGAGUGGGGAGGAGGAGGGGAGUGAGGAUCGGAGUGGGAUGGAAGGAGAGAGUGAGGAGGCUGGGAGUGAGGAGGGGAGUGGGUUUGAAGGGAGUGGUGAGGGAGAGAGUGAGGGGGAGAGUGAAGGGAGUGAAGGGGAGGAGAGUGGGACGGAAGGGAGUGAGGUGAGGAGAGGCAAGGAGGAGGACGAAGAUGAGGAUUUGAGCGCGGUGGAAAGUGGUGCUUCUGGAGGGAGUGAGGGGAGCGAGGAGGAGAGUGCGGAGGGGAGUGAGGAGGGGAGUGAGGAGGAGAGUGAGGAGGGGAGCGAGUCAAGCCUUAGCCCUGUGGGGAGCUCAGACGAGGGAGAAACUGAGUACGUGGGGAGUGGGGAGAGUGAGACAGAAGAGAGUGAGGAGGAGAGUGGGAGUGAGGAAGAGAGUGGAAGUGAGGAGGAGAGUGGGAGUGAGGUGGAGAGUGGGAGUGAGAGCGAGGGGACGGAAAGUGGUUCGAGUGAAAGCGAGGGGAGUGAGGAGACAGGGUCAAGUGAUGACGAGGAUGGAACAACUUUGGAUGGCACAUGGGACGGCACAAUGGACGGCACGAUGGAUGGCACAGUGGGCGGCACACUAGACGACAGAACGCUGGAUGGGACAGAGGAUGUGACUCCAAGAGGGAGUGACACUAUGGAGAGGACUUUCACUUUAGAAGAAACCGAGACAGCUGUUAGUGAGACGACGCUGGGAAGGACGUUGACAAGAGAGGGGAGUGGCACUAUCGAGGGGAGUGAGCUUAUAGAGGGGACGGAUGCAAUAGGGCGGAGUAUCACGUUUGAGACGGUGGGGAGGACUGAGACGUUUGAAGGCAGUGGGACGAUUGAGAGGAGUGGCACUAUUGGAAGGAGUGACACUAUGGAGGGGAGUGAGACUAUGGGGAGAACCAACACGUUUGAAACGCUGGGAGAGACUGGAACUUAUGAAGGCAGUGAUACUAUGGAGGGGAGUGAGACUAUGGAGAGGAGUGGCACAAUUGAGAGGAGUGGCACUAUUGAAAGGAGUGACACUAUGGAGGGGAGUGAGACUGCUGGGACGGCAGAUAGAACUCUGACUUUGGAGGGAACUGAUGAUUCACAGGGGAGCGGGCAGUCUGAAGGCAGUGAGGGGAUUGGGGAAGGGAGUGAGGAGGGGAGUGUUGAGGGGAGUGAGGGGUUCGAGGGGUCUGAUAGGAGUGGAGUGAGUGUGGGAGAUGGGAGGAGAGAGGAGGAGGAGAGUGGGGAGGGUGAGGAGGAGUAUGAGUCGGCGAGUGAGAGAGAGGGAGAGUCGCAAGAAGAGGAUGAGUAUGGUUCCAGAAGUGCGGCUCCCCCGCAGAGGUUCCACCACCCACAGCCGCCCACCACGCCCUCUCUGCAGCCGUCUCCACCCUCCCUCGCCUUCCGCCGUUCCUUCAAGCGUCCCCAGCCCCUGCGCCCCUCCUCCACCUUGCCCCUCUCUCCCCACCCCUUCGCCCAAGCGUCUGGGUCUGCUGCCAGCACUCCACAGAGCAUGGGAGGGUCCUCUGGAGCUUCCACGCCCCGCAGUGCCACCGCUGCUGCCACUGGUGUUUCUGAUAUGGCUGGCUCUCGCUUUGCAGCUGCAGGUGAGUCUCCCUCUCCCUUUUACCGGCCAUCGUCGCCCGCUUCUGCUUCUGCUGCUCUUGCUUCUUCUGCUCUUGGAGCGCCUGUGUCUGCUUCGCCUGUUGCUGCCGCUGCACGUGCUUCGCCUGGAAUUGCUGCCUCUGCUGCUCCUCUUGCUCCUGCUGCUGUUGCCUCGGUUCUUGCUCCUCCUGCUGGUGCCUCGGUUGUUUCCCCCCCUGCUGCCUCUGCUGUUGGUCUCUCGUCUACAGGUCGUAGUGCGGGCUCUCGACCAACGCAAGCAAGCAACGGUGCCGGCAGCUCGCAGGGUUCCAGCCGGCCCGAGUCAAGGGAGUCAACAGAGUCAACCAGGGCGGGUGAGUCACCUGAGAAAGGUGUGUCAGCAGCAGUUGGAGGAGCAGAAAGAGGAGGGUUGGAAAGAGCGGUGGAGAGAGGUGUGGAGAGAGGAGAAGGGGUGGUAGCGACAGAGGCAUGGGUGCUUGCAAGCAUGAGGCAAAGAGCAAGGCUCGAAGAAGGACGCUCGGAAGGAGGCUCGGAAGAAGGCUUGGAAGGAGGCAUGAGGGGAGGCUUGGAGGAGGCAAUGAGAUUAGCAGCUGUGGGUGACUCAACAGAGCGUUCCUUUAUGGGGGGGUCUGUUAUAACGGGGCCUGCUAUAAUGGGGCCUGCUGCUGUGGUGAGUCUGAUGGACAAGGGUUCAGCUGCUGUAGGUGCUGCAGGAGUGAGUGUGGAGGAGGGGAGGAAUGAAGGGGAGAGUGAGGGCAGGGAGGAGGAGGGUGGCGGGAGUGAAGGGGAUGCAAGAGUGAGUGACGAGGAGAGUGAGAGUGGUAGUGAAGAAGAGAGUAGGAGCAGUGUGGGGGGGAGUGAGGAUGGGAGCGAGGGUGAGAGUGAGGGUGAGAGUGAAGGGGAAAGUGUCGAUGGGAGUGGGAGGAGCAUGGAAGGAAGCGAAGGAAGCAGUGAGGGAGAGAGUGAGGGAGAGAGUGAGGGAGGGAGUGAGGAAAGUGAGGAGAGUGGGGAGGAGAGCGGGGAGGAGAGUGAGGGUAGUGUGACGGAGACAGAUGCUGCGACCCGAACCAGCUACUCGGGGAGUGAGGGGGAGGAGACAGAGGAUGGGUCGAGCGAAGGGGAGAGUGAGAGUGGAGAGAGUGAGAGUGGAGAGAGUGAGAGUGGAGAGAGUGAGAGUGGCGAGAGUGAGAGUGGAGAGAGUGAGAGUGGCGAGAGUGAGAGUGGCGAGAGUGAGAGUGGCGAGAAGGUGGCGAGUGUGGUGGGGAGGAGUGAGGGAGUGAGGGUGGACAGUUUGCUGAUCGAGGUCGAGAGUGUGGUUGGAGCAGAGAGUGUGGUGGGGGGAGGGAGUGUGUUCGGAGGGGAGAGUGUGGCGGGAGCAGGGAGUGUACUGGGAGAAGAGGAUGUGAUUUUUGAAGCGGUAGAGGAGGCAGAGGAAGGAGGAGAGUUGGACAGGAGCGAGGGGAGUGAGGGAGUGGAAGGACAUGGUAAUAGGGCAAAGCCUGCGGAUACAGCAAAGCCUGCUGCUGACGUGGUGAAGCCUGCGGAUGUGGAAAAGCCUGCUGACGUGGCACGUUCCGCUGAUGUGGCCAAGGCUGCCGCCGCAGCAAAAGCUGCUGACAUGUCGCUGGCAGCGCUGAUGGCGAGAACGCCCGAUGCCAGGCCGGUGACUCCGAUUCAACGCAGGACAUGGCUGGAGGUGCUGCAGAGCCAUGCCGUGCUGUCGGAACUGAUGACGGAGGAGGACAUGGGUGCGCUGCAGUUCCUGUGCUCCGUGGACUUUUACAAGUCACAGCACAGCAUGGAUUUCCGGGUGGACUUUCUGUUUGACGCAAAUCCGUUCUUCACCAAUGAAUACCUGAGCCGCGUCUUUGCUGUGGCGAGAAACCCCAAGGUUGACCCAAUCAUCAUGUCCAUUCACUGCAACCCCAUCGCCUGGCAGCCAGGCAGGGACUUAACUAAGCGCCGCACGGGGUGGUUUGGAUGGGCUGCUGCCACUCUCACGCAGGGAGGGAAGGGAGGCAGUGCUGCUGCAGGCGGUGGCAGGAACAGCUUCUUUACACUGUUUGCCUCUCGACCUUCUCUUACUGCUUCUGAAGCCAACGAGGAGGCUGUGCGCAUGAAGAUGCUGGAAGAAGCUGCUCUCACCCAUGGUCUCCUGCAGUCAUCAGAAGGUCCUGUGGUGUCAAGCUUGCUUCGCUGGUACACUGUAAAGUCGCUGGGGGGUGGGGAGGAAGAGGAGGCGGAAGAGGAGGAGGAGGAAGAAGAAGAGGAGGAAGAGGAGGAGGAGGAGGAGGAGGAAGAAGAAGAGGAGGAAGAGGAGGAGGAGGAGGAGGAGGAGUCGAAGAAAGCUGAGAGAGCUGAAGCUGUAACGACUUUGGAGACGUCUCAAAAAGCGAGUCCCGCAGGGAAGCAGGCAGAUGGCCGUCCUAGUAUCGAGGAGGAGGGAGAGAGGGCGGAAGUCUGCAGUGCGGCUGUGCGGCAGGAUGUGAGAGAAGAUGAAAGGCGAAUGGUGGGAGGCGAGAGGAAGGAGGAAUUGAUUCAACGGGAGGAGGCAAAUGAGCGUCCUAGUUCUGGGGAGGAGGGAGAGAGGGCGGAAGGCAGUGCGGCUGUGCGGCAGGAUGUGAGAGAAGAUGAUGGGCGAGUGGUGGGAGGCGAGAAGCGGGAGGAGUUGUUUUCACGGGAGGAGGAAGAGAAGCAAGGAGAAGGGGGAGAGGAGGCGGCGGAAGUGAGACAACAAGUGGAGGUGGGGCGAGAGGGAGAGGGUCCGAGGCACGGUGGAGUGGAAGUGGUGGAAGGAACAGGGAGGAGAAGCCCUGGGGAGGAAUUGAACCAUGUGGGAUCGGAAGAUUCAGCAACAGUGCAUGCAGGAGGCAGGUGGGAAGAGGAGGAGAAUGAGGAGGAGGAGGAGGAGGAGGAGGGGGCAGAAGUGGAAAAGAGUGCAGGGACGGGUGUGAAAGAGGAGUAUGCACUGGUAGUAGCAGCAACACAUGAUGCUGAGGAUGCAGAGGAAGGAGCAGUAGAGGAUGAGUGCAAGGAGGAGAGGAGCGGCACGGAGGAGAGGAGAGGUGAAGAGGAGGGAAGGGGUGGUAGCGAUGUGGGAGGUUAUGACCCGAGGGGCUCCAGUGGUAGUCUUGGGGAUGCGAUGCCGGGCAUGGUGGGGGGAGGUGGGGGGGACGAGGAAGAGGAAGGGGCAGGCACAGGGGCAGAGGCAGGAGCAAGGGGAGGGGCAGAGGCAUGGGGAGGGAAAGUGGGGGUUGGAGGGGAGGAAGGAAGGGAAGGGGAAGGGGAAUGGAAUGGCAGCGGAUUGAAAGGCCAGGCGGGUCAGUGGCAGGUGGGCCGCGACAGGGGAGCGUUGAGAUACGAGGGGGUCGAGGGAGGGAGUGAGGGGGAGAGUGAAGGAGAGAGCGAGGGAGGAAGUGAGAGGGGGAGCGAUCGGGGGAGUGAGAGGGGAAGCGAUCGGGGGAGUGUGGAUGGAAGCGAUGGGGGAGGGAGUGGGCAGGGGAGCUCAGUGGAGGGCGAGUUGGCGGAGCUGAUGCAUGCAGUGGACAGCCAUUCUCUGCCCUUCUGGCAUGCUGUGGCUGCCACAGGCAGAGAUGGGUUGGUGGGUCUCGAGAGUCGGGAGGAACUGGAGGGUCUGGAGGGACUGGAGGAACUAGAGGAGGGAGUAGAGGGGGCAGAGGGGGUAGAGGGGGUAGAGGGGGUAGAGGGGGUAGAGGCUCUGAAGGGGGCCGUUGCUGGUGUUGCUUCUGCCGCAGCUGUGCCUGCUCGCUCCUGUACAGGGAUGCCAAUGCCUGGCAUCCGUGUUGCUGUAUCGGGGCCUACUGCUGCUGCUUCUGCUGCGCUUGCCACGUUCUGGCGAACAGGAACACCCAUGCCUGGAGUCCGUCCUUCAGGCUUACCCCCUCCCCCCCCUGCUCCCGCUCCCGCUGCUGCGGCUUCUCGUGCUGCUUGUCCUUCUGCUUCUGCCGCUGCCUCCCGUGCCACAACCCCCAUGCCGGGAGUGCAUGCUGCUGCAGCUUUACCUCCUCCCGUCCCUCCUCCUUCUGCUGCUGCCCCUGCAGCGUUCUCUCGUUCCACCACCCCCAUGCCUGGCGUCCAUGCCACUCUUGCUCCUGCGCCUCAUCCUUCCCGUGCGGUAACGCCCAUGCCUGGAGUCCACGCCCCUGUUGCUGAUGCUGCUGCUGUCCCUGCCAAGUUCUCUCGCUCCACUACACCCAUGCCAGGCCUCCCCCCUCCUCCUGCUCCUCCUGCGUUCUCCAGAGCAGUUACACCUAUGCCUGGGGUUGCCCCUGCUGCUUCUAGUGCUUCUAGUGCUGGUACUGCUGCUCCUUCUGCUGCAUUCUCCAGGGCAGUGACCCCCAUGCCUGGGGUUGCUCCUACCGCUAGCUACCCCCCUCCACCUGUUCCAACCCCUCCUCAUCUUGCUGCGAUUCCUGCAGCUAGUGCUGCUGGUGCUGCUGGUGCUGCUGGUGCCACAUUCUCCUCCAGGGCAGUGACGCCAAUGCCCGGUGUCUAUCACACCUCCCCGCAUCCUCCCCCUCCUGCUGCGCCUCCUCCCCUUGUAGCUUCUGCUGCUCUCUCCCGGGGAGUUACGCCCAUGCCUGGCGUGCGCACCACAGCUACGCCCAUGACUGUCGUGCGUGCCACAGCAACGCCGAUGCCUGGUGUGCGCGCCACAGCCACACCCAUGCCCGGCAUGGCUGGGGAGAGCAGCAGGCAGCAGCAGCACAUGAGAGCAUCCGCCAGCAGGGGCCACUCGCGGGGAUCGACUGAGGGAUCUGCGUUUUACACCCCAAUCGAAGGGACAGCUGCGUUUUACGGCCCCCCAACUGAGCAUGCGGCUUUCUUUGCCCCAACGGCUGACGGGGCUGCAUUCUACGCCCAAACCCAAGCUGUGGGGCGCUCCCAGUCCCACAGGCACGCUGCAAGCCCCUCCCACUCGUAUUAUAGGCAGGCCAUAAGCCAUGGUCGCAGCCUGAGCCACGGCCCUGGGGGAUGGGCUCUUGCUGAACCUCAUCCUGCUGCUGUUGCUGAUGCAGGGAGGGAGAGCGGUUUGGAGGUGUGGCGUGUGGUCAUGCAGGGGUAUGGGGAGGGGGGUGUGGGAGCAGGGAUGGGGUAUGGGGGCGGCGGGGGUGUGGGAGCAGGGAUAAGUUACGGGGAGGGGGGUGGGGGAGGAGCAGGGAUGGGGUAUGGGGAGGGGGAUAGUGUGGGGGAAGCAGGGAUCGAGUAUGGGCUGGGAGGCAGUGAGCAAGCAGCAGCAGGGAUAGGCUACGGGCCGUGGCAGGAAGGGGGGGAGGGGGUUGUGGGAGGGAGUCAGAGGCUGGUGGUGGCGAGUGGGAGUGAGAGGGACGGCGAUAGGAGCAGCGUGGGAGAUAGGAGCAGUGUGGGGGAUGGGAGCAGUGUCAGUGUGGGGGACAGCCUGGUGUCGCUUUUGAGAAUUUUGAAAAACGAGGGGGAGGGCGAUGUGAGUAGUGUGGCAGAUAGCCUAGCAAGCAGCAUGGAUGGUGGUGGGGGGGGAAUGCCGGAGGCAGAGUUGGGAGAUCUGAUGGACGCUCUAGAUGGCGAGCUGUCACCGUUCUGGACCACUCAUAACAGCAAUGGAAGCAUGGGGAGUGUUGGGGCAGGAGGGAGGACUGGCAGCAUUGGGAGCAUUGGGCUGGGAAGGACUGGGAGCUUUGGCAGUGCUGGGAGCGUAGGGAGGAUGUGGAGGGGGAGUGUGGGGAGUUUUAGGUCAGUGAGGGAGGAAGGGGAGGGAGGGAGGGGAGGAGAGGUGGGUGAGGAGGAGAGGGAAGCGAGGAUGGAUGUGUGGAGAGAGGUGAUGGGGAAUUACUGGGAGUUGAGAGGGGCGGGAGCGUUUGGGUAUAGACAUGCCGACAGGCAUGCAGAUCGACGCGAGGAUAAACAAGAGGACAGAGAUGAGGAUAGAGAUGAGGAUGGACAUGCGGAGGAGAGUAUUCAUGUGAAUGGCAAAGGGGAUGCUUCUAAGGGGGGAGAGGGCCGGGUGGAUGGUGUUUUACAAGACUCGGAGUUGCUUUUGUAUGAUGAUGUGGGAGAGAGUGUGAGUGGCAAGGUUAGGGAAGAGGCGGAUGAGGAAGAGGAAGAGAAGGGUGGUUUGGGGGUUGUGGGCAGGGAGGAUGGGCAUGAGGAAGAUGAGGAGGAGGAAGAAGAGGAGGAGGAGGAGGAGGAGGGUGGAAGGGUGGUGGUGGUGUUCAAAACGGCAACCAGGGCUGCUGGGAUCCACGUGGAAGAGAGUGAUGCGGAUCUGUCUGCUGAUGUGGUAAGCGAUGCUGACAUGGCGAGUGAACUGAGUGAGCACUCGCCGUACAACGCCAGGGAUGAUGUGGCAGGUGCUGGUAUUGUGACACGUGGGAUUAGCACACAGGAGGAAAGCGGAGAGUGGGAGGAGUCAAGGGAUUUGGAUCAGGAAAGAGAGACAGUGGGAGGAGUGGAGGAUGAGGGGGAGAGGGUCAAGGUGUGUGGAAAAGCAGGGGCAGGUGCUGAUAGUAUUGGUGGUGGGGAUGAUGGUGCGGCUUCUGAUGUCUUAUCUGAUGGCGCGCAUGAUAGUGAGGAGAAUGGUGGUAUGGGGGACAUGCAUGGUAGUGUGUAUGAGGAUCAAGAGACGGAGGAGGAAGGGGUCGAAGAAGAGGAGGAGGAGGAGGAAGAGGAGGAGGAGGAGAGGGUGGUAGUGGUGUUUAAGACAGCAACCAAGGGUAAAACGGAUGAGGAGGAGGAAGAGGAGGUGGUGGGAGAAUCUACUACUGAGCAUGAGUCAAUGACCGAGGGCCCUCUUGACACGGAUACUGAGGAUGCUGGUAACGAGUAUGAGGAGGACAAUGAGCGGGUAGUUGUGGUGUUUAACCGACCCAGGACUGGCGAGAAGAGGGAGGAGGAGGAUGAGGAGGAGGAUGAAGAUGAUAUGUUGCUAGGUAGUGUGGUUGGGGAUGCGAUUCAGACAGGAAGUCAAAUGGCCAGCCAGACAGGCAGCUAUGUGGGUGAGGAGGAGGGUUGGGAGGCUGGGGAAGAGGAAGAGGAGACUGCUGGUGAUAAUAGUGAGGAGGGGAGUUUGGAGGAUGGGGAGAGGGUGGUGGUUGUGUUCAAUAAGGCGACGCAUGCUGAGAAGGAGGAGGAAGAGGAGGAGUUAGAGGAGGGAAUAGAGAAGGGGGAGGAGGUGGAUGAGGAGGAGAUUGCUGAUGUUAGCGAAGAGGGGAGUUUGCAGGAUGGGGAGAGGGUAGUGGUCGUGUUUAAGAAGGCGACGCAUGCUGAGGAGAUGGACGAGGAGGAAGAGGAGUUAGAGGAGGAAGAGGUGGAGGAGGAGGAGGAAGUAGUAGAGGGGGAGAUUGCUGGUAAUAGCGAGGAGGGGAGUUUGGAGGAUGGGGAGAGGGUGGUGGUCGUGUUUAAGAAAGCAACACAUGCUGAGAAGGACGAGGAGGAGGAGGAGGAGGAGGAGGAGGAGGUGGGAGAGGGACGGAGGGUGCAAGCGGGAAUGAGCGAGGAGGGGAGUGAGAGGCUCAGUGAGGAGGCAAGAAAACAUGAGGACGAGCAGCAGGAGGAGGAAGGGGAGGAGGAAGAGGAGGAAGCUGAGGAGGAGCAGGAGGAGGAGCAGGAGGAGGAGCAGGAGGAGGAAGGUUAUGAGGAAGAGGAUGAGGAGGAUGCCCACAGAGCAGCAUCGACAGUCAGCGCAGCAGCUCGCACAGUCAGCACAGCAGCUCGCACAGUCAGCACAGCAGCCCGCACAGUCAGCACAGCAGCUCGCACAGUCAGCACAGCAGCCCGCACAGUCAGCACAGCAGCCAGCACAGUCAGCACAGCAGCCCGCACAGUCAGAGCAGCAGCUUGCACAGUCAGCGCAGCAGCUCGCACAGUCAGCGCAGCAGCUCGCACAGUCAGCAGAGCAGCCCGCACAGUCAGCACAGCAGCUUGCACAGUCAGCGCAGCAGCUCGCACAGUCAGCGCAGCAGCUCGCACAGUCAGCGCAGCGGAACACGCAGCAGGAGGCUCGCUCAGUGGAGCAAGUGGGGAUGCUUCAGCUGCUGUGGCCAGAGUUGGAAGCACAACAGGCAGUUUGAGUGGAAGCGAGAGCAAGCACAGCAGGGGCAGUAGUGUAAGCAGGGGGAGCAGUGUAAGCAAGGGGAGCAGUGUAAGCAAAAAAAGCAAGGGGAGGAGCAGGGAGAGCAGUGUAAGGAAGGAGAGCAAGGGGAGGAGCAGGGGGAGAAGUGUAAGCAGUCCUAGGUCAAAUGGGAGCAGUUAUGAUGGUGGUUCGGGGAGUGCUGCGAGUGACAGGGAGGACGAGAGGAUGAGUGGGGAAAUGGAGGAGAGUGGGGAAAUGGAGGAGAGUGGGGUAGUGGAGGAGAGUGGAGUAGUGGAGAGUGGGGUAAUGGAGAGUGGAGUAGUGGAAAGUGGUGCAAUGGAGAGUUGGAGUGGUGUGGAGGGGUUAAGUGACGAGGAGAAAGAGGCUCAAGAACACGGGAGUGAGGAGCGAGGGGUGGAAGGGCAGGAGAAUGAGGAGCGAGAGGCUGGAGAGCUGGAGCGUGAGGACGAUGGUGUGGAUGUGUGGAGCAGUGAGAGUGACGCAUGGCAUGAGGCAGUGACAGAGGCGGAGGAGAGAGAUGAAGGAGAAGGAAUAGCACCAGUACCAGAGGGUGUGAGUGGGGAUGGUGCAAGGAGUGUUGUGGAGAGUGAUGGGGAGGUGGAUGGGACAAGCUGGGUCAGCAGCAUCGUAUCCCCUCUGCAGCAGGUGAAGGUGGUUCCUGGACACGUGGCAGACACUGAAUGGACGGAGGAGCUGGGAGACGAGCAGCAGGCAGUUCAGGUGUCGGGAGCAGAGAAUCAGGUGGAUGAUCAUGUGAAUGAUAAGGUUGAUGCUCAGGUGGAUUCUCAGAUGGUUCAGCAAGCAGGUGAGCAGGAGCAGCAGCAGGAUGCAGGGGUGGGCAUGGAUGGGACAGAUGGUUCUGCAGCUGCAGGCGAUGGGAUGAUAAGGCAAUUCAGCGAGGAUGGGGUGAUGAGGCAGAUUGGGGAGGAUGCGUAUGUGUACGAGAUGGGGGAUGGCAUGGGAGGAAAGGGCAAAGAUGAAUUGGCGCGUUCAGCAGGAGGCGAUGAUGGGGUUAUGAGGCAGAUUGGGGAGGAUGCGUAUGUGUAUGACAUGGGGGAUGGUGUGGGGGGAUGUGAGGAGCUGGAUUGGAGCAGGGAUGUGGGCGAUUGGGGGGUGGGAGUGCUUGGGUGGUCGGGUGACUGGACGAGGGAGAGUGAGGUGUGGGGUGUGAAUGCAAUGAGGGAUGAGGGAGAGGUGCUGGGGGCGAGUGGUGUGAAAUUGAAUGAUGCUGGUGCUGCCAGUGGUGCUGCUAGUGAUGCUGUCAAAUUGGAUGGGCAGACUGAGGAGAGGGAGGAGAGUGAGGAAGAGAGAGAGGAGAGUGAGGACGAGAGGGAGGAGAUAGGGGAGGAGAGGAAGGAGAUAGGGGAGGAGAGGAAGGAGAUAGUGAAGGAGAGGAAGGAGAUAGGGGAGGAGAGGAAGGAGAUAGGGGAUGAGAGAGUGGACAGAGGGGAGGAGAGAGAGGAGGAGAAAGAGGAGAGAGAGGAGAGCGGUGUGGAGAGGGAGGAGAGAGCGGAGAGAAAAGACGGGGAAGAGAAAGGGGCAGAGGACAAGGAGGAGGUAGAGGACGAGGAGGAGGCUAGGGAGGAGGAGGAGAGGAGGAGGAGGAUGGUGCUGCCCCUUGCCAGCCCUGUUGCGCUGCCUCAAGAUCGAACCGCUGGGGGCGGGGAGUCAUGGGCCGAGGAGGUUCCGCAAGGGCAACUUCUCAGAGAAUCUUUUGGUACCUUCCCUGCUUCUCAACACCCUACUGCUCUCACCGCCUCUGCUGCUGUGCCACACUUCGUUGCUCCUGCCAGUCUUGCUGCUGUGGCACGUGCUGGGCCGGAGGCUGCAAGUCCAUCUGAAAGGCCGGUUUUGGAGUUGCGGUCGAUUCCAGCUAGCAGCUCGCCUGAAAAGGCACCUGGUACAGCAGCUGAUAGAGCACCCGAUUCGGCACUUAAUGUGGCACCUGAUGCAGCACCUGAUGCAGCAGCUGAUGUGGAACCUGAUACAUCACCUGCGAAAAGCCCUGCCUCUGUUGAGGUGCUUCCUUCAGGUGCUGUCUCUGUUGUGUUGCCCUCAGGUGCUGUUUCCGUUGUGCUACCUUCAGGUGCCGUGUCUGUCAUGCUGCCGUCAGGUUCUGUCACUGUUGCACUGCCUUCAGGUGCUGUCUCUGUUGGUUCAGGUGCCACCCCUGAUUCGCGUGCUUCGAAUUCACCUGAGACUGCGGAAACGAGAAUGGAUCAAAGUGAGUGGGAAGAUCUUAGGGGGACAGAGGUGGAGGAUGGGACAAAAGGAAAGGGGAGUGAGAGUGAUGCGGAGAGGAAGAGUGAUGGGAAGGAGGAGAUUGCAAGUGAGAGUGAGGGAGAGGGUGAGAAGUGGGAGGAAUCAGAGGAGUGGAGUGAUGUUGGUGAUGUGGUUACCAGCAGUGCUGGUGAUGAGGUAGCCAUUGAAGCUGGUGAUCCAAUCACCAGAGAAGCUGGGGAGAUAUGGAGUGAGAGGGAAGGGAGUGAUAAGGAAGGGAGUGAGAGGGAAGGGAGUGAGAAGGAAGGGAGUGAGAAGGAAGGGAGUGAGAAGGAAGGGAGUGAGGAGGAAUGGAGUGAGAAGGAAGGUAGUGAGAAGGAAGGGAGUGAGAAGGAAGGGAGUGAGAAGGAAGGGAGUGAGGAGGAAUGGAGUGAGGCGGAAGGGAGUGAAAGGGAAGCGAAUGAGAAGGAAGAGAGUGAGAGGGACAGGAGUGAGAAGGACUUUGAAGAGGAGGAUGCAAGAGCAGCAGAGGAAGCAGGAUUGAUGGCCCUUGACAAAGCAGAUUACACCGUGCAAGAGCAAGGUACAGCAGCAGCAGCAAAGGACGAGGAAUCUAUGGGCUUUAACAAAGCAGACGGCACAGUGCAAGAGCAAGGUGCAACAGCAGCAGCAGCAGCAGCAGCAGCAGCAGCAGCAGCAGAGGAAGAGAAAUUGAUGGAGCCUCCGGUAACGCUCAUGGCCCAGAUGUCAUUGCCAGCAGUCGCUGCUUCGGCUGUGGGAGGAGGUGUGGUGGCAGCAGCACAGGCGGAUGGGCCGGUGGCAGGAGGUGACUGGGAGAGCGAGGAGUGGAGUGAUGUGGGGUUCGGUGUGGGUGAGUGGGAGGAGGAGAUUGUGGGAUCUGGAGGAGUGGGGGAAGAGAGUGAGGGCCAGAGUGAAGGGGUUGGCGAGGUGGAUGGAGAUAUUGAGGGUGAGGUGGAGGACGGAGAGGAGGGUGAAGGUAGUGAGGGAGAGGAGAUUGGAACGGUGGGAGAGGAGGUUGGUAUGGGGAGGGAGGAGGAUGAAGAUGGAAAGAAUGAGGAGGCUGAAGAAUGUGAAGAGGAGGAGGGAGGGGAUAAGGAUAGAGAGGAGAAUGAGGGUCUGCAAGGAAGCAGCGCAGUGGCAGUAGGAGACAUGGCAGGAGAGGGAGAGGUCAAGUUGCGUGCUGAUGAGAGCGAGGGGCAUGUGGGUAGGAAGGAGGAUCAGAGGGAGGAGGAAAUGGAGGAGGAGAGAGAAGAGGAGGAGGAGGUGGGAUCGGAGGAGGAGAGGGAAGAGGAUACGGAGAGGGAGCGGCAGGGGCAAGAGGAAGUGGAGGAUUCGCACAGAGAGGAACUGAAGGAGGGUGUUGCUGAAGGAAGGAGAGUGGAGGAGGAAGAGGACAGGAUGAUGAGAGUGGAUGAGGGAGUGGAGGAGGGAGUGGAUGAGGGAGUGGAGGAAAGAGAGGAAGGGAAAGAAGAGGAGAAAGUGGAGGAAAAGCUGGAGGAAGGGGUAACGGAAGGGAGGGUGGAGGGUGAGGGUAGAGAUGCUCAUGCGGAAGGGAGUGAAGUGGAGGAUGGGAGUGAGAGUGGGAGUGGGAGCAUGAGUGAGAGGGAGAGUGAUAGCAUGAGUGAGAGGGAGAGUAAGAGCAUGAGUGAGAGGGAGAGUGAUAGCAUGAGCGAGAGAGCGAGUGCAAGUGAAGGUGAGAAGGAGGGUAAGAGCGCGAGUGAGAGGGAGAGUGAAAGUGAAGGUGAGAGGGGGAGUAAGAGCAUGAGUGAGAGGGACACAGAGAGUGACAGUCUGAGUGACGGAGAGAGUGAAAGCGUGAGUGAGAGGGGGAGUGAAGGUGAAAGUGACAGGAGGAGUGAAAGAAUGAGUGACAGUGGAAGUGAGAGGGGUGCUGAGAGUGAGAGUGGAAGUGAGAGGGGGACUGAGAGUGAGAGUGGAAGUCAGAAGGGUGCUGAGAGUGAGAGUGCGAGUGAUAGGGGGGCUGAGAGCGAGAGUGAAACCGAGAAAGGUUUUGAGAGUGAGAAUGAAAGUUCGAGGAGGGCAGAGAAUGAAAGCAAGGCAGGGGCUGAAAACGAGAGCAGGACAGAGCCGACUAGUGCAGCCGUGGAGACGCCUCAGCAAGACGACAUCACAGAAGGUGCCAUUGGCGCUGCUGAGAAUGAGAGUGGAAGUGAGACGGGUGCUGAGAGUGUGAGAGCAGCUGCAGGUGAGAGCCAGAAAGAGACGAGUGGAGCUGUGGAGGUGCCUCAGCUGGGCGACAUGACAGAGCGAGCAGCAGCGGACACCGGCGCUGCAGCAGGGGCCACUGUCGCCGCAGUAGGCACUGGUACUGAGGAGGAGAGCCAGAAGGAGCCGAGUGCAGCCAUGGAGGUGCCUCAGCAGGACGACAUUGCAGAAGGAGCAGCAGCGGACACCGGCGCUGCAGCAGGGGGGGCCACUGUCACUGCAGCAGGCACUGGUACUGAGGAUGAGAGCGAGGAGGAGCCGAGUGCAGCCGUGGAGGCGCCUCAGUUGGACAACAUUACAGUAGGUGCAGCAGCGGACACUGGCAUUGCAGCAGGGGCCACUGUCACUCCAACAGGCACUGGUACUGAGGACGAGAGCCCGAAAGAGCCAAGUGCAGCCGUGGAGACGCCUCAGCUGGACGACAUCACAGGAGGUGCAGCAGCGGACAUCGGCGCUGCAGCAGAUGCUUCUUCAGAGUCAGCUGGAAAAGGAAUCACAGGAGGUGCAGCAGCACGCAUGGCAGAGCCAGAAGCGGCCACCAUCGUGGCAAGCACUGCAACACCAGACGAGCCUCCCGUGUCUGCCGCCCAUCUUGUUCCGCAUCCCCCCACUCUUUCCCCCACCGCAACCAUCUCACCCGUUGCCCCCAGCUCAGCUGUCCCGUCUGUCUCAGUCUCAGCCGUCCCCUCCGCCCCUAGUGCUUCCACUGCCCCUACCAUUCCCUCUGUCCCCUCUGCUUCCUCCCGCACUGCCAACUCCUGGAUUCGCCCAGCACAGCCGUCUUCCCACUCCGACUCAGGCUCGGACUCUGACUGGUCCGACUCCGAACCUGCGCCCAAGCCUGUGCCCAUCCGAGCCUGGAGGGCAGGCAUGGCGAGUGCAGCGCUGGCCCCUGAGCCUGCCGCCUCUCCUCCCCCACAAACUGUCCCCGUGGGGCGACUGCGGAGUGACUUCCUCAACCGCUUCCAGCAGCAGCAGGAGCAGCAGCAGCAGGAUCGUUCCUCUGUGCCUGCUCUUGAAUCUCCACAGCAGCAGCAGCAGCAACAGCAGCAGCAAGGGCAGCAGCAGCAGCAGCAGCAGCAAGGGCAGCAGCAGCAGCAGCAGCAGCAGCAAGGGCAGCAGCAGCAGCAGCAGCAGCAGCAGCAGCAGCAGCAAGGGCAGCAGCAGCAGCAGCAGCAGCAGCAGCAAGGGCAGCAGCAGGUCUCUCCAACUUUGCCUAAGUUCUCACACGCUGCACUGCAGCAAACGGCUGCUACAUCAGUAGGCGUAGCUGCUGACAUGGAGCAAGCUUCUGACGUGGAGCAAGCUGCUGACGUGGAGCAAGCUGCUGACGUGGAGCAGGUUGCUGACGUGGAGCAAGCUGCUGACGUGGAGCAGGUUGCUGACGUGGAGCAAGCUGCUGACGUGGAGCAGGUUGUUGAGGUCAAGGCUAAUGUCGAGUCUGAAUUACCUGCUGGUGGUGAUGAUGCAAUUGCUGAUAAGGAACGGCCUGCACUCAUGCAGUCAACUGCUGACGUGGCACCUCCUGCUGAUGUGGACGAUGUGAAGGACGAUUCCAGACCAUCUUCUCCAGAUGGGUCAGCCACCAGCAUGGAAGAUGCAGCUGAUGUGGAAGCUGAUGUGGCAGCUGCUGAUGUGGCAGGUGAGGUGGCUCUGGGUGCAGCUGGAGGUGCUAGUGUGCAGAUGCCAAGUGGGGUGGGUGCACCUGUGCUGCAGACGAGAGGUGAGGCCAAGGAGGUGGAAGUAGGGGAGGUGGUGGGAGCAGGUGAAACUGACACAGGGAGACUGGAAGGAGAGAGCGACGUGGAAGCAGAAUUGGUGCAAGCAGAAGAGGUGGGAGCAGGGGGGGCGGAAGCAGAAGAGGUGGGAGCGGAGGAGGUGGAAGCAAAUAAAUUUUCCGGUCCAGAUUCUGAACCUGGCUCUGCGUCGGAUGCUGAUGUGGCUGCUGAUCUGGCUGCUGACGUGGCUGGUGAUGUGGCUUUGCAUGUGCCUGGAGGUGAAACUGCAGCGGCACCAUCUCCAUCAAGAUCAGGCUCCGAUUCUGACUCUGCUUUGGAAACUGAUGUGGCUGCUGACAUGGCUGCUGACGUGUCUGCUGACGUGGCUCUGUGGACGACUGGAGGUGAAGCUGCAGCUGCCCCAUCUCCAUCAAGUUCUGACUUCGAAUCUGACACCGCGUUGGGAGCUGAUGUGGCUGCUUAUGCAACUGCAGGCGUAGCUACACCAUCCCCGUCAAGUCCGCCAGACUCAGAAUCUGUCACUGCUUUGGAGGCAGUGGGGGUGGAGGAAGGGGAAGGUGCGGAGGGUGGGGUGGCAGCUACGGGUGUAGCGGUGCCUACAGGGGUGGAUGGGGCGGCAAUGAAAGAGGAGGAUGCGGAGAUGCUCGGAGCAGUGGAGGGCAGGGAGCAGUUGGGAUCAGAGGAGAGUGAGGAGGCUAAGGAGGCUGAAGAAACUGGGGAUAGUGAGGAAAUUGAAAACACUGAAGAGAAUGAAAAGUGUGAGGAGAGUGAGGAGAGUGAGUACGCUAAGGAGGUCAAGGAGACUACGGAGGAGCAUGAGGAGGCUGAGUCACGUUCUGAUGAUGCUGAGUCACGUUCUGAUGAUGAUGAGUCACGUUCUGAUGAUGCUGAGUCACGUUCUGAUGAUGCUGAGUCACGUUCAGCUGCUGAGUCACGUUCUGAUGCUGAGUCACGUUCAGCUGCUGAGUCACGUUCUGAUGCUGAGUCACGUUCUGAUGCUGAGUCACGUUCUGAUGCUGAGUCACGUUCUGGUACUGAGUCGCGAUUUGAUGCGUCACGUUCGGAUGCUGAGUCACUUUCUGAUGCUGAGUCACGUUCUGAUGCUGAGUCACAUGCUGAGUCACAGUCACAUGCUGAGUCACAUUCGGAUGCAGCGUCUGCUGGUGCUGGUGAUGAUGCAGUGAGGAUUACUGACGCAGCUGCAGUUGCUCUGCCGAAUUCUGCACCUGAUUCACCAGCAGGGGAUGAACCAGCUGCUUCUCUCACUGCCGCCUCCUCUCCUGCCUCUGCCACUCAGACGGACUCACCUGCUAUACCUGAAGCUGUUGACUCACCUGCCGCACCUGAUUCCCCUGCCGCACCUGAUUCCCCUGCCGCACCUGAUUCCCCUGCCGCACCUGAUUCCUCGGCCUCACCAGAUUCACCUGCCGCACCUGAUUCACCUGCCGCACCUGAUUCACCUGCUGCACCUGAUUCCCCUGCCGUGCUCGAUUCUACUGCCGCACCUGAUUCACCUGCUGCAUUUGAAAUACCUGCAGCACCUGAUUCACCUGCUGCGUUCAAAACACCUGCCGCACUUGAUUCACCUACCAGGGCUGAAUCAGCUGCGUCUUUGAGCCCUGCCUCCUCCCCUUCCUCUGCCACCCAGUUGGAGGCUCGAGUUGAGAGCGAGGAGGAGAGGCAGGAGGAGGAAAGGGCGAGGGAAGAGGAGGGAGGAGAAAAGGAGGCGGAGAAAAGUGAAUGGGUGGAGGAUAAAAGUGAAAGGGAGGAGGAAAGUGAAAGAGCGGAGGAGGAAAGUGGAGGGGCAGAGGAGAAAGAGGAGUUGGAAGAGGAGGAAGGAAAGCGGGAAGAGGAAGAAGAGGAGGAGGGAGGAGUCGAGGCGAGGGGAGAGGUGGAGAGCGGAGGGAAAGAAGCAGAGAAGGCGGAAGAGGAGGAGAGUGGAGAGGAGGAGACGGAAGAUGGGAAACAGGAGAAGGGGGAAGAGGAGGAGACAGAAGAUGGAAAACAGAAGGUAGAAGAGGAGGAGAGCAGAGUGGAGGUUAUAGAGGAGGAGAAGGAGAAGCAGGAAGGUGUAUUCGUGGCAGAGGAAGAAAUGGGAAGAACUGGAGAUGUUAAGAGAGAGAGCAUGGACGGAGAGGGAGUGGGAAGUGAGGGUGUGGAGGGAGAGAGUGUGGAGGGAGAGAGUGUGGAGGGAGAGAGUGUGGAGGGAGAAGAGAGUGUGGAGGGAGAGAGUGUGGAGGGAGAGAGUGUGGAGGGAGAGAGUGUGGAGGGAGAGAGUGUGGAGGGAGAGAGUGUGGAGGAGAGCGAUGUGGCUGUGCCAGCAGCAGAUGCAAGUGUCAGUGGCCAGAGCGCAUCAGGCGGCACGGAGGGGGAGAGUAUGGAGAGGGAGAGUGUUGAGGGAGAGAGUGUGGAGGGAGAGAGCGCAGGGGGAGAGGAUAGUGUGGCAGCACCAGAGGCGGAUGCAAUUAUCAAGGUCCAGGGCAUGGCGAGUGCAGCUGCAGCAGAAGCAUCGGCUCCUGUGCCUGCUGCAUCUCCUCCCCCCGAAGCAGCUGUGGGGCGACUGCGGAGUUACUUCCUCAACCGCUUCCAGCAGCAACCGGAACAACCCUCUUCGCCUCCUCUUGGGUCUCCACAACAACAGCAGCAGCCGCGGCAGCAGGUGGAGGGAGAGGGGGAGAGAGAGGAAAAGGGUGCGACCUUAAUGGAGGUGAAGGAAGGGGGUGUGUUAGCGGAAGAUGAUGACAGAGAGAAAGUGAUUGUGACAGAGAGUGAUGAGGAGAGAGCGGUUACGGUAGAGGGAGUGGAAGCGAGCGAGGAAGAGGGGGUGGCGAGGGAGGGAGAGGAAGUAGAAGUGACAGAGGAAGAGGGAGUGGAAGCGACAGUGGAAGAUAGAGUGGAAGUGGGUGAGGAGGAGACAGUGGAAGAUGGAAAGGUAGAGAGCUUACAGAAGGAAGAGGAGGAGAAAGAGGCUAAGGAAUUGCGAGAGAAGGAGGUUGAGGAAAAAUUGGAGGACGUGGUUAAGGAGGAUAGAGUGAAAGAGGGUGGGGAGGAGAGAGAGGAGGCGAGUAAGGAUGAGAGGAUGGACGAGGAACAGAGGGUGGAAGUAAGGAAGGAAGAGAGGGAGGAAGAGGGUGAGGUGGAUAGGGAGGAAGAGGGUGAGGAGGAGAGGGAGGACGAGGGUGAGGAGAAGAGGGAGGAAGAGAGUAAGGAAGAAAGCGUGGAAGAGCCUAAGGAAGAAAGGGAGGAGGAAGUGAAGGGAGAGAGCGAGGAAGAGGCUAAGGAGGAGACUGACGCGGAUGGUGUUGUGGCUGUCCCUUCCCCUUCUCCGGUCUCGUCCCCUCUUCCUCCCACCGCCAUCCCGCCAGCUCAACCUCCCACCACGGCCAUAACCAUCAAGCCACGUGCCCCGGAUUCAUGGAUGAGGCAGCAGAAGACCCAUACCUCUGAAUCAGGCUCGGACUCUGACUGGUCCGACUCUGAGCCUGCGCCCAAGCCUGUGCCCAUGCGACCCUGGAGGCCAGGUGCGGGGGGUGCUGUGGCGGCAAUGGCAGCUGCACCUGCGCCUGCUGCCUCUCCUCCCCCCCAGCCUCCAGCGGUGGGGCGACUGCGGAGUGACUUCCUCAACCGCUUCCAGCAGCAGCAGCAGCAGCAGCAGCAGCAGCAGCAGCAGCAGCAGCAGCAGCAGCAGCAACAAGAGCAGCAGCAGCAGGUUCUCACUGAUGCUCCUGCUCGACUUCUGACCACUACUGCUGGUGCCGCUGACUCUGAUAAGGCGUCAGCUGCUACUACUGCAGCUGAGGAUGAUGUUUUUGGCGGUUCCGGUGAUGUGCCAGGAACAGAAGCAGAGGCAGGAGCAGCAGCAGCAGCAGCAGCACAAGGGGCAGAAAUGGCACUGGCGGCUGUUGCUGGGGAUGAGGUUGGACAGGCAGAGGGGGCAGAGAAGGUGCAAGAGGAAGCAGGUAGAGUUGGGCUGGAGGCGCAGUCAGGUGAAUUGUCAGGUGGAGAGGUGUGUCAAGGCGGCCAAGUUUCGGCUGAUGCGGCAUCAGGGCCAUCCACUCCUGUGCCAGCUGACGUGGCAUCAGGCCUAUCCACUCCUGUGCCAGCUGAUGUGGCAUCAAGGUCAUCCACUCCUGUGCCAGCUGAUGUGGCAUCAGGCCCAUCCACUCCUGUGCCAGCUGAUGUGGCAGCAGACGCACCGUCUUUACCUGAACCAUCCAUUCAUCCAACAAUGGCCGGCCCCUCCCUUCCUCUCUCCUCCCCUCAGCCUCUUUCCUCCUCUCAGCCACUCGCCUCCCCUCAGCCUUCCACUCCUCCUCACCGCACUGCACCUCCCGUCACCAUCAAGCCCCGCGCUGCAGACUCAUGGAUGAAACGACCCAAUCAGGACUCUGAUUCAGGCUCAGACUCUGACUGGUCCGACUCCGAACCUGCGCCCAAGCCUGUGCCGAACCGAGCCUGGAGGCCAGGCAUGGCAAGUGCAGCAGCAGCAGUACCUGCCCCUGCGCCUGCCGCCUCUCCUCCUUCCCAGCCUGCAGCGGUGGGGCGACUGCGGAGUGACUUCCUCAACCGCUUCCAGCAGCAGCUGACGGAGCAACCCUCUGUGCCUGCUCUUAGGUCUCCCCACCAGCAGCAGCAGCAGCCGUUGGCUGUGUCUCCUCAUGUGCAACCCCGCACUCCAGAGGAAGGGGAGGUGGGGGGUGACUCUGAAGGCAGCGGAGAAGAGGACGGUGGGGGCACGAGAGCAGGAGCUAUGGCUGCUGAAGGUACGGUUGCUGAUGCUAUGGGGGAGUUGUCUGCUGAGGUGGCAUCAGAAGCACCUGCUGACGUGGCAGCGGAAGCGGCUGCUGAUGUGGCAACGGAAGCGGGAGCUGAUGUGGCAUCGGAAGCGGCUGCUGAGGUGGAGGAGCAGGAGAAUGAGGCACGGGAGGAAGAGGAGGACGAAGGGGGUGGAGAAGACGGAGAGGAGGAAAACGAGGAGGAUGAGAAAGAAGAGGAAGAAGAGGAAGAAGCGACAGAAGCAAAGGAAGAGGACAAUGCGGAGGUAGAGGGAGAGGAGGGUGUUGAGGAAGAAGAGGAAGGAGGGAGUGAGGCAGGAGAGGAAUCCACUGAGGAGGUGACUGUAGAAGUGACAGAGGAGUAUGAAGAGGUGACUGUAGAGCAAACGGAGGAGUAUGAAGAAGUGACAGUCGAAGUGACAGAGGAAUAUGGGGAAGUGACUGUAGAAGUAGAAGAAACGGGAGAAUAUGAGGAGGUGACUGUAGAAGAAACGGCAGAAUACGAGGAGGUAACUGUAGAGGUAACUGAGGAAUACACUGAAGAGGAAGUUACCGUGGAAGUUACAGAGGAGUAUACAGAAAAGGAGGUUACUGUAGAGGUUACAGAGGAGGUUACAGAUGAGGAUAAAUCGGAGGAGGUGGCAGAGGAGGGAGCAGGAGCAGCAGGUGGAGAAGCGGGAGAAAGCGCAGAGGUACAAGUUGCGGAAGAGGAGGAACAGGAUGGGGAGCAGGAGGAGGAGCAGGAGGAGGAGCAGGAGGAGCAGGAGGAGCAGGAGGAGGAGGAGCAGGAGGAGGAGGAGGAGGAGCAGGAGGAGGAGGAGGAGUAUGAAGAGUAUGAGGAGCAAGAAGAGGAGGAGGAAGAAGAGGAGGAAGAGGAAGAGGAGGAGGAGGAGGAGGCAAGCGAAAAAGAGAGCACAAACGGCAGCAGCAAGGAAAGCAGCCCGAGGAAUAAGCAUGAGAAGGAAGAGGAGGAGGAUGAGGAAGCGAAGAUACGGCGGCAGGAGCAGGAGGAGCGGAACGCGGAGGAGCAGCGGGCGCUGCGGCUGCGAGUGGCGAGCAUGAAGCGGUUCAAUGCGGGGGGGUUGCUGGUGUUGCACAUCCCUCUUAACUAUCCCUUCUGUCUCCCACCCACUGGUUGUGUCUUUUCUCCCUCCUCCCCCCUUUCACAGCGCUCGCGGAUGCUGUCUCUGGUGGCGUCACAGGGCCUGCAUGUGCCGGCCAGUGCAGUGACCCGGGAGAUCAUGGGGCUAACUGGGGGUGGUGCUGGGGUGGGGAGCCGGAGCAUGGUGUCUCGGGGUAGCAUGGGGCGUGCAGGAGGCGGUGGUGCUAACCUGGGGAUGAGUCGGAGCAUGGUGAAGGAGAGAAAGCGGCCUUCGCUGCUGGAGAGUAGUAGUGAGGAAGAGGAGGAAGAGGAGGAGGAAGAGGAGGAAGAGGAAGAGGAGGAGGAGGAGGAGGAGGAGGAGGAGGACGAGGAUGAUAUUGAUGAGGAUGGUGAGGGUGGUGCAGAGGAAGGGGAGGGAGAAGAGGAGGGCGAGGAAGAAGAGGAGGGGGAAGAGGAAGAGCAUGGAGAGGCGGAGGAGGAGGAGGAGGAGGAGGAGGAGGAGGAGGAGGAGGAGGAGGAGGAGGAGGAGGAGGAGGAGGAGGAGGAGGAGGAGGAGGAGGAGGAAGAGGAGGAAGAGGGGGGAGAUGAGGGAGAGGAUACACAGGAGGAGGAAGAUGGAGUGGAGAAAAUAGAUAACGAGGAGAAUGAGGAGGAGGAGGAGGAGAACGAGGAGAACAGGGAGGAGAAUGAGGAGAAUGAAGAGGAGGAAGAGGAGGAGAAUGAAGAGGAGAAAGAGAAUGAGGAGAACGAGGAAAUCGAGGAGCAGGAGAACGUAGAGCGUGAGGCAGGGUACACGGAUAUGGAGGCUGGAGGCGAGGAGUCUUGGAAUGUGGAGGCUGACGAGGGUCUUGCUGAGGAUGCUGCACCCGAGGACAAUCCAGGAGAGGAGAGUUCGGCUGAGGCAGGAGGAGCGGGUGAAGUUGCAGGCAGCGAUUCUGCCAAAGACCCCCCACUGGCUGUGUCUGAGGGUGAGGGGCGUGUGAAGGCCCUUGCUGCUGCAAUGCUUGCGCCUACUUCUGUGGUUGCUGCUCCUGCGGACGCCACUAGUGCAACCCCCAAAGAGGUAGCCUCUCCAGAUGUCGCAGAGGGGCGUGUGAAGGCUCUUGCUGCUGUGGUGGCAUCAGCUGCGUCUGCCGACGCCGCCAGUGCACCUUCUAAAGAGCCAGAGGCUGUAGAUGUUGCUGGGGGAAGGGUGAAAGCACUUGCUGCUGUGGUGGCGUCUGCAAAUGCUGAUACCACAGCUGCAACCCCUAAAGAGGCUGCGGCUAUUAAUGUUCCUGGGGGGCGUGUGAAGGCUCUUGCUGCUGUGGUGGUGUCUGCUGCGUCUGCUGACACUACCCCUGCACCCUCUAAAGAGCCAGCGGCUGUAGAUGUUGCCGGUCGAAGGGUGAAGGCUCUUGCUGCUGUGGUGGCGCCUGCUGCGUCUGCUGACUCAACCAGUACAAUCCCUAAAGAGGCGGCAAAUCCAGAUGUCGCAGAGGGGCGUGUGAAGGCUCUUGCUGCUGUAGUGGCGUCUGCAACUGCUGAUACCACAGCUGCAGCCCCUAAAGAAGCGCCAAUUCUAGAGGUUGUCGGUGGGAGGGUGAAGGCUCUUGCCACCACUGUGACUGCUCCUGUGGGUGCUGAUACCACUGCUGGUCCACCCUAUAAAGAGGCGGCGACUCUAGGCGUUACUGGCGGGCGUGUGAAGGCUCUUGCUGCUGUGGUGGCGUCUGUAGACAUCCGCUCGCUGGAGGUUGCGAAGGGGCGGGUGAGAGAGCUCGCUGCUCGUGCUUCCUCUGCUGCUGACAGGAGCAGCACUGAAACUGCCGGUGUUGCUUCAAAGGACUUGGUCUCUCUGGAUGUUGCAGAGGGGCGGGUGAGAGAGUUGGCUGCUGCUAUGGCGUCUGCUGGUGCUGAUACCGAUUCUGCUAGCGUUGGCGGUGCAACCUCUGACGGCCCCUCGCCAGACGUGGCAGAGGGGCGGGACUUGGCUAAUCUAGAUGUUGCAGAGGGGCGGGUGAAAGAGCUCGCUGCUCUUGCUUCCUCUGCACCUGCUGAUGGCACUGCCACCUCCGCGGCUGCAUCAAAGGAUGUUUCUAUAGAGGUUGCAGAGGGGCGAGUGAAGGCUCUUGCUGCUCUUGCUGCUUCUGCUGCUGACAACAGUGCUGAUACAGCCACUGCUGCUUCAAAGGACUUGGCCUCGCUGGAGAUUGCAGAGGGGCGAGUUAGAGAGCUCGCUGCUCUGGCUGCCUCUGUCGCUGCUGACAGCACUGCAACCGCCGGCGCUUCUUCGAAGGAGGUCUCUUUAGAGGUUGAAGAGGGGCGGGUGAUGGCCCUUGCUGCUCUAGCUACCUCUGCUGGUGCUGCGCCUGCUGCAAGUUCUGCUGCCCUACCCCAGUCCUCCCAGUCUUCUCUCCCAGGUGCUAUGUCUGGCAACAGCACUAGCAAACCCACGAUGCUGUACAGCAAUGACAAGAGCAUCCAGCAGCAGCAGCAGCAGCAUCUGCACUACCCUGCUCCCUCGCCCCGCCUCGUUCACCGUCCCUACUCCCCGUCACCGCGCUCAAUCCCUCACUCCCCCUCCGCCCAUCUCCCCUGCUACACGCGCUGCCCCUCCACCCACCUCGUGAGUCCCAUUCGUCCCCGCGGUAGCUUCAGCCCUAGCAGGUUCCGGGCUUUUGAUGCUGCAGCUGUAGCAGCAGCAGCCUUAGCAGGCGUAUCCCCCCAGCGCCGUCGAUCCCCAUCGCCGAACCUCCCGCGUUAUUCCGCCUCUCCUGGUGCCCAUCCUAGUGGCCUUCCCAUCCGAACCUCGUCCAUGAGCCCGAGCCAGUCCCCCAUGGCUCGAGGGGUGCCUAGGGAGCGGUUCGGGCUGCCGCCCAGGUUCGGCAGCAGUGUGAGGUUCGGUGGCGGGGCGAGGGACCCGAGCAGCGGCACGACAUGGAAGGAUAUUCUUCUCUCUGUGAAAGCAGCGACUCAGCCCGGAGCAACUGCUCCCGGUUCGAAUGCAGGGAGGCAAGAGGGUGCGGGUGCUGCUGCUCUGGCGGCUGUAGCGGCGGAGGUUGUAGCGGGAAUGCACAGGGAAAGGGAGGGAGGAGUGGGUGGGGCUACAGAGAAUGGAGAGUUAGGGUUUGGCGCAGUUGACGUAGUGGGAGGGACAGGAGGAAAGGUGGUGGGAGCGAUUGGAGAGUUGCAUGGGGACGGGUGCCGACAGGAGGGAUGGAAGAGGGCGAGAAGCGUGGCGACUGGGGUGAUGGCGACUGGUGGGGUGAUGGCAGGUGGACAACAGCAUUCGGUCAUAGAGAUCUCCAGGGGGAUAGCAGAGGGAGGAGAGGAGGGAGGGAUGGAGAAAGAAGAGGAGGCUCGGAGCAGGGACGGAGCAGUGGCUAUAGCUGAUACAGUGGUACAAGGGGAAGUUGUUGGGGAGGGAGGAGGAGCAGGAAAAGAAGCAGCAGAGGCAGAGGUUGUGGCUGCAUACAGCAACAUGGGUGGAGAGGGGAGAGGGGGGGAGGAGAAGUGGGGGGAGCAGAGUCCCAUGAGGGAACUGCUGGGGGCGUUAGAGUCUCCCACCAAUUGGGCUCGCCUGUGUGCCAAGAUGGAGCAGCAGCGGCAGCUGUACGAAUCUCAAGACGACUCAAGAGCCACCCAGCUAUCAGACCUGCCAGACGAGUUCAUCAUCCAGAUCCUCUCUCGUCUCACCGACCCACUCGACUGGGCGGCGUGUCUUGUCCUAUCCCGGCGCUUCGCCGCCCUCUCCUGCCUCGCGCUGCAAGCGCUCUACCUCCUUCCGAACCGCCUGCUCCCCAAGCCUCUGCUGGCUCGGUACCUAGCCUGUUACCCGAACCUGGCACUGCUGUACCUACCCUGGAACAGCCUGGGAGUGGAGGGGGACGAUGUUUUCGAGAUGAUUGCUUCGGCCGGACUGGAGCUUCAGGCUCUACACAUCGAUGUGUUCCCUGGGUACAAUGAGCGCUCUUAUGCAAGAACACCAGCAGGCCUCACAACCCUCUUCACCGCCCUCCCCUCCCUCCGCUCGCUCGCCCUCUGCACCGGCCGAUUCAUCCGCUCCCUCCCAGCCUCUAUCUCGCACCUCUCUCUUUUAGAGGAGCUGCUUAUACUGAAUCAGUCUUCGAAGCUUGGUUUACGGUCUCUUCCCCCUGCCCUCGGUCAGCUUUCAAAUCUUCGCCGCCUGGUGCUCGACUCCUGCUUGCAGCUUCCCACGCUGCCCGAGGAAAUCGGGCAGCUGACUGGAUUGGAGGAGCUGGAGUUGCUGAGCCUGGAUUGUUUACGCCAUCUGCCCGAAUCUAUUGGGCAGCUUCAGCGCCUGAAGUGGUUCAAGAUGUGCUGGUGCAUGUCGGUCCGCAGCCUGCCCGAGAGCAUCGGGCAGCUGAACGAAUUGGAGGAGAUGGUCAUCAACAUGGCAGCAAGUGAAACCUGGUUGGGCAGCCUGAAAGAGCUUCCGCAAUCUUUCGGUCAGCUCUACUCCCUACGGUUCCUGAAGAUU